CAACAAAUGCAAUAACUGCAUAUCAACUGGUCUGACAAGCAAAUGCACAACCAGAAAAGAAUAGCUUCGAAUGUGGAAUUAAAGGUUGAGAGGAACCACAUGUAAUGAAAACAAAGCUAGAUCAGAAACUAAAAAACAAUGCAAGUUCAUUCAAUUGCAUAUGAGAACAUAAUGUAGUAGUAAAAGUACCACAAAUCUUGAUGGGUGCUUCAAGCUCUAACAAAUUGGGUUGUUGCAAAAAGAUCUCUCGAGAUGCCCCGCAUAGUUGCCUGAUUUCAGCCUCGGAUAACUGGACCUGCUUCGCAGGUCUACUGCGAACGUCUAAAAGCCGCCGAAUAAUAUCAUCCAAAACACCCGGUUCCAUUUCCUAACCUUGCAAGUACAACCCUUCCGCUUUCUGUUUUCCUUAAACAAAGAACGGUUCAUCAUAAGACAAAUAGAGCCACCUUUACAAUCAAAUAAACGCUGCAAAUUGGCAAUGCAAAAAACUCUAAUCAUACGACUGAUAGGCACCACAAAAAUCAACAUCCACAAUACAACCAAUCUCUUCAACAAGUGUGUCAGGGUAACAAGACCAGCUAACCCAAAUCAAAUAUUACAUCAACAUCUUCUCCUCUACACUGGCAAUAAACACAGGAGAUAUGAAAGCCCAAACACUCACCUUAAGCUCCUGGCAAUCGAAAAUGUUAACAAACUCAGGAGCUACUCUUCAACAGGAAGACUGGAAGCUGAGGAUAAAGCUGGAGAUUUGAAAGAUGGAAGAUUUAAACCAUAGAAAUUGAGGAAUAUCCUAAGAUACAGAGAGCAAGAAAUGCUCGGAUAGAACAACGCACAAUGAACCCACAAAAAAAAAAAAAAAACUACUGAGCGAAGGUAACAGGCAACGGAAGCAGGAAAGUAAAAAUAACCAGAGGGAACGAGGCUGUAGGACGAGUGACCUUAGCAACAUGAUGGUGAACAGGAGGAUGGAGUUAGGAGAGGGAGUUUCCUUUGAAUGGAGGCAGACGCCUUUAAGAGGAAAUGCGUCGCGGAGGCGCCACAACAGCCAAGUCAACGACUUUGGAUACAGAGAGACAAAUGAUAUUAGAGCAAGGAGAGCGGGAGACGGUGGCGGCGUGAGCGAGGAAGGCAACGGAGCAACCAAGGAGAAAAAAAGCAGGUUCAAUCGAAUCGAUCGAAAUGGAUGGAACACCCGAAAGAAAGAGUGUCGACUGUCGUCCACCGUCGACCAAAAUCGACUAUCUAUACCAUUUCGUCCUCCGAUGGUACGGGGAAACGGAGAGACUGAGCAGCCCACGCCCCACGAAGCUUCCUUCCGAUGAGAGGGAACGGCCCUAAACGCUUGAGAAAGAGGAUUGAUUUUGGGUUUAGGGUUUCGUUUUCUUUAUUUUCGUUAUUAUUCCGAUUCCAGUCUCCGCCCUUCCAACGGUAAGUUGCACGAAUAUUUUUUUGGGUGAGAAAGAGGAAAAAAUCCUACAAUACAUAUAUUUUAAAAAAAAAUUCCCAAAAUACACACGUUAUAAUUUUAUUUUCCAAAAUAUACAUGUUUGGGCAUCACCGCUGUUGUCAACCGCAGUGAAUGCAUUCACCGCGGCAGACCAAAGCGGUGAAUGCAUAACCGCGGUUGACGGCCGCGGUGAAUGCCCGACGUAGCACUGAAACUUCAAACAAACGUAACUUUGUGCUCGGUCAUCCGAUUGUAGCGAAUUUUUUUUAUUUCACAUAAUUUUUCAAGAUCUUUUAAUCUGCAACAAGCCUUCAUCCCAAAAAAAUUCGUUUGCUACCCCGAACGAGCAAUUUUUUGAUUUUGACAAACUUUGGAAGACCGUAACUUUAUGCUCCACAAUCCGAAUAUCAUAAAACUUUUUUUGAUUU